UCCUCUUUGUAAACAGAAAGUUGUUUAUUAUCAGAGAAAGACGUUCUGAAGGCAAUCUGCAGCGAUGAAAUACCUAGAUGCUCUGUUUAUUGGGUCUUUGUUGAUUGUACUGGCGGGGAAUUCAUAUGGAGCGACUACUGGACAGCCAACAACAGAAUCUCCAACGAGAGAGGCCCCGACUACACACAAACCCACGAUCCCACACACCACCCCAAAACCUAACGAACAGACGACAGCUGCGACGAACUCUAGCACCAUGACCCCAGGAGAAGAAUGUGCAGUCAACAGUGCCAAUUGUGAUGAUUGUUUGAAGAUGACUAAGUGCAUGUGGUGUAAAUCCAAGAGUUCGUGUCUGCUUUAUCCGACUGGUGACAUUCUCCCCCACUCUUCUCUUUGUCCCCUGGAUGAUGCCCGCUGGGGGGUAUGUUGGGUCAAUUUCAAAGUCUUGAUCAUUGUGAUGGGGUGCAUUGGAGGACUUAUACUGCUCACGAUCACAAUCUGUAUCUGUCGCUGCUGCUGCUGCAGGAAAAACAACUCAGACAGUUAUGCCAAAGAUGAAGCUAAAGUUGAAAGAAAGAAGAUGGAACGCAAGGCCAAGAGUGACGAAAGGAGAGCGGAAAGAAAGAGUAAGACAGAUGAAAUCAGGAAAAAGUAUGGUCUUAUCAAGGAUGACAACCCAUACUCCAGAUUUGAUGCUUAAUCAUCGAAGGAACAGAGGAACUAUUAAAAGUCCAAUUUCAAGUGCUGUGCAGUCUAUUUUUUAUACCAGUACAAAUGCACAGAAUAUUUUUAACUUAAUUUGAUUUUUUAAACUGUUGAUUUUGGUCAAAGAUGUAACAAGUAGUUUAAAUUGGAAUCAGUCAAAAAGUUGAUGUAAUAUUAUGGUAAGUGCCAACAAAUCUAUAAUAUAUAUAUAUAUAAGAGAGACUUUUUAUAUUUAAAUGAAACAUUAAAUUAUUGAUAAAUUAUAUCUAUUUAUUGAAGAGCAUCAAAUUAAAACAUGUUUUACAGUACAUGUACAUCUAGAAGUUGCCAUUGAUUGACUGCAUUUGAAGUUUUUCAUUGAUCUAUUGGUGGUUUGAGUUACAAGUUAACUUCAUUUUUCAGUUAACAAUAAUCAAGUUAGCCUAAUUGAGGUUAAUUUUCCUACUAUAGUGUAAAACCUGUGUUAACUAAUACCCUGUGAAAUUUCAUUUUUCAGUUAACAAUAAUCAAGUUAGCCUAAUUGAGGUUUUCCUACUAUAGUGUAAAACCUGUGUUAACUGAUACCCUGUGAAAAAACAACAAAAAAUGAUAUGGUCAAAUAAAAAGGACAGGAUGUCAGAACAGUGUUUUUGGAGGUUUCCAUCAGAAAUUUGGUUACAGUGUUAUUUUGGAUCGGACAAGGUGUCGGAAUACACAGGUCUUGAUUGUUGGCAUUCUCCAUGCAUUAUAGUGUUUGAUUAAACUAGAUAUCAGAACACUCAGAGAUCAGAUUUGACAGGUUUGUUAGAAGAUUUGAUUUUGGAGUUCGUCAUUAUAGCUGAGUUCCAUUUUGUUUGUUUACUUUGAUAAAUACUUUUUUAUUGAACACUAUAUAGACAUCACAUUGUGCUCCGACAUUGAUAUACUUUGAUGAAUAUAUAGAGAUAUAUUUUAAAUUGGAGACACUUACCUGAGAUGUUUUUCUAAUAACUUCAUCAAGACGAAUAAGCAUUAAACAGAAAACCUGUGUUCUUAUAGGGUAUUGUUAAUGUUCCUAGCCUACAUAAUAUACACAGGCCCAUGAGGUAUGGACAGGUGUCUAGACUACAUAAUAUACACACAGGCCCUUGAGGUAUGGUCAGAUGUCUAUCCUACGUAAUAUACACACAGGCCUUUGAGGUAUGGACAGUUGUGUUGCCUUGCUAAUAUGCACAGGUCCAUGAGGUAUGGGACAGGUAUCAUCUAGACUACAUAAUUCACACAGGCCCUUGAGGUAUGGACAGGUUUCUAGACUACAUAAUAUACACACAGGCCCAUGAGGUAUGGUCAGAUGUCUAUCCUACGUAAUAUACACACAGGCCCUUGAGGCCUGGAACAGGUGUCUAUAGCCUACAUAAUGUACUCACAUAGGCCUAUGAGCUAAGUACCGGUGUCGGUCUCAAUCCUACAUUACAUAGACCUAUGAUAUUCUAUUUUCACUGAAGACAUGUUUAUUUGCUGUUAAAAUUGCAUCCUUCCACACUUAGUUAAGGAUCAGAAUUGUGUGAUGUUUGAUGUUUUCUUCCUUGAAAUUGAUAUCAUUGUUUUGUGUAAUGGCAUUAUAUUUCAGUAUAUGUAUGGUACUGAAUGUUGUGUGUGCCAAACAUUUUGGAAUUUUGCACUGGACAUUUACGCAAAAUAUAACUUUCUGGUUUCCCUUUUUUCAAAUUUUAAGUUUGUUUAUUCAAAGUUAAAUCAUACAAAGCUGUUGCUCCUCAAAAACUUUGUUUUCUUGAAAGUCUGUAGUGCUAUUUUUGAAGUAUAUACAUUUUUAAUCACAUUCCUAAUUUGAUGUUAUUUGAUGAGAGUUUUUGAAGACUAAAUAAUACUAAUAUACAGGUCA